UUGUUUUUCUGUCAGUUUUGUGUUGUGCGUAGUUGUGGUUGAGUUUCUGAUGGCUUGAUUAAUUUUGUUAUUAUUUUAUUUUACCAAUUCCGACAAAUAAUUUGAUUUCGAGCUUGACCAGAUAUGGCACUGUUACCUCCGGACCCCGUUUACACGAUCAGGAAUGUGGAUAACGUUCCUGUUUAUUCGUUGGCCUUUAGCUUUAUGCCCGGUGGACUCGAGAGGUUACUUGCCGGCUCGAAAAACGGCUAUGUUUAUGCAUACAACCUUCAGACAAAUCGUGUGCAGCAGAAGAUUCAAGUUGGUCAAGCUCCAAUUCUUCACCUCAUUCACACCAGUAACCAUCUCAUCACUCAGGAAAAAGGCGGCAAGUUCAAAGUAUUUAGUUUAACAAACAGCGGCUAUGAGGAGGACACCCUCAUUGACACUGAUUACCCUGGUUUCUGCCGCUUUGAAGCCAACACAAAACUCGAAACUCUCUAUGUACCUGACAAGGAUUCAAAAGUAAACUUAUAUAAUUUUUCGGGCGAAAAACUUGGAUGCCUUGAGCCUGAAGCAUCACUGAAACUUGGAGAUCCAAUGUGCUUGAAAUAUAUAGAAUUUCCUUGUGACCAACCCUGCUUGCUGGUUGGCUAUGAAGCAGGAUGGCUGAUCCUGUGGGAUCUCAACACUAGUCAAUGUAUCAGCAAACUGAAAACAAUAGAGUGUCCAAUGUCAGUUGAUUUCCACCGGGAGCAGCAAAGGGGCAUGAUUGGUAAUACCUCAAAUGUGAUACAGAUCUUUAGUAUAGGAAGAAAAGACUUAAGCUUGGCCCACAAGUUGGAUAUAUCCAUCAAAAACCCAGGUAUAAACAAAGUUCAGACCCGGUCAGAUGGAAAGGUGUUCGCUUCAGGAGGUUGGGAUGGCCACAUUCGCAUAUUUUCUUGGUAUUCUCUCCGCCCUCUCGUAGUGCUCACUGAGCAUAAGCAAGCUAUACAGGAUGUUGUAUAUUCCUCCGAGAAGGUUUCAUUCUGGAACGCCAACAUUAUGGCAGCCGGAGGUCUUGAUGGUGCUAUUACUCUCUGGGAGUUGUAUAAUAACAAACCAUAAUGCAUUUAACUUUAUACAGUAGAUUAUAGAUUAUUACCAUGCUCAGAUUGCGGUAAAGUCGAAAACAUUCACUUACGUACACAUUCUAGUCAAAUAUAGAAUGUAAUGAUCAAGGUACUUUUUCGGGUUGUUACUGCAUUCUGGCCUGUUAGUCUUGUUGUAUCGCAUGAGUACACUAUUAUAAAUUGAGCUAAAUGUAGUCAAAUGUAUUCAGGUUAAUGAUCUAUCUGUGCUUGUUUGUGUUUAACUAUAAGGUUACUCAGAUGCGCACACCAGGAUACAACAGGUUGGCUUGAGCGCGGCAAUAAGGUUUCCCGGUUGACGAAUCGCUAAAGUUCCACAGAAUUCCGACCUACUUAACAUGAAGUAUAAAAUGAAACAAUGCCAGUAUUGCCUUUAACUGUUACGACGCAUUAAAUGUGGAUUCAAAUGCUUUAAUUAUUUGAGAAUAUAAUUUUAUAGAAUGCAAUAAUGUUAUUAAUUAAUGUAAAUUUAUUGGAUCUCAGAAAUGUACAAAUUUAAAUAAAGAGGCAUACAUUCUGUCUUGUGUGGCCCAGCUGUUAGAUAAUAAGAACAUGUUGUUAUAAAGCAAUCAAUAUUUUCCAUUUAUGGUUUUUAGCGAUGAUUUUCAAGUCGAGACAUUAAAAACCUAUGAAAUUUUA